UUGUUGUGGGGGAAUCCUAAGCCCCUCCCCUCUGCUGAUGUAUGAAGGGAGUGGCUCCGCCUCCACUACUGCGCUAAGAGAUCCCCAAGCCCCGCCCCCUGUGCACAGCGUCCUGCUCUGAUAAGUGUCUCCUAGCGCUCGUCUCUCUCCGUCUCUCUCUCUCUCUCUCCAUCCGUCCCGUGUGCAGACGGACGCUCGGCAGCAUGUCGGACUCCAGCACAGCCCCGGCGCAGAGCAAAAGCAAAACUAAAGCCUGCCAGAGACGCAGCUUACACAGCCGGACGAGCCCGGAUCUGUGUGCCUCUGCUGACGCCAGGCCUCUGCUGUCCCAGCGCUCUCUGCCCGGGACGCCGGUCACCCACAAACACCUGCCCAUCGACCUGCGCACAUCAAUGGACGGCAAAUACAAGGAGAUCGCUGAGGAGCUGCUGGCGAGGAGUCUGACGGACAGCGACAUGCGUUGUGCUCCGUAUGAGUUUCCUGAAGAGAGUCCCAUUGAACAGCUGGAGGAGAAACGCCACCGACUGGAGCGACAGAUCAGUCAGGACGUCAAGCUUGAGCCCGAGAUUCUGCUGCGAGCGAAACAAGACUUCAUGAAAAUAGACAGCGCCGCAGACCUGGAGGGUCUGAAGGACAGUUAUGUGGACGUGGUGGACCACCAUCUUAUGGAGCGAGAGAUGCUGGUGGAGACAGACUUCCAGCGUGUGUCCAUCUCGGGAGAGGAGAAGUGUGGGGUGCCGUUCACGGAUCUGGUGGACGCGGCCAAGUGUGUUGUGAAGGCCCUGUUCAUCAGAGAGAAGUACAUGGCUCUGUCUCUGCAGACCUUCUGUAAGACCACGGCACUCCUGCAGGAGCUCAGCCAGAGGCCGCUGGACGUCAGCAUGUACGAGGACCUUCACGAGAGCCCCAUCGACUCAGACGUGUCUGUUCACCCGCCGGUGUCGGAGACGCAUCCGUACGAGGGCCAGGACAUGAAGAACCUGCCGCCGGACGCCGGGUACAGCUGCAGGAUGGUGGACGGAGUCAUCCACGUCUACACCGCACAAAACCCCAUGGACAAGAGCACCGAGCUGGACCUGCCGUAUCCAGACCUGCAGGAGUACAUCGCCGACAUGAACGUGAUGAUGGCGCUCAUCAUUAACGGCCCAGUGAAGUCCUUCUGUUACCGGCGCCUGCAGUACCUCAGCUCCAAGUUUCAGAUGCACGUCUUGCUGAACGAGAUGAAGGAGCUCGCCGCGCAGAAGAAGGUGCCGCACAGAGACUUCUACAACAUUCGCAAGGUGGACACACACAUCCACGCGUCGUCCUGCAUGAACCAGAAGCACCUGCUGCGCUUUAUCAAAAGCGCCAUGAAGAAGUACCCGGACGAGAUCGUGCACAUGGAGGGCGGCCGCGGACAGACGCUGAUGGAGGUGUUCGAGAACAUGAACCUGACGGCGUACGACCUGAGCGUGGACACGCUGGACAUGCACGCGGACAGGAACACCUUCCACCGCUUCGACAAAUUCAACUCCAAAUACAACCCCAUCGGAGAGUCCAUCCUCAGAGAGAUCUUCAUCAAGACCGACAACCACAUCCACGGGAAAUACUUCGGACACAUCGUCAAGGAAGUGAUGUCAGACCUGGAGGAGAGUAAGUAUCAGAACGCUGAGCUGCGUCUGUCUGUUUACGGACGCUCCAUGGACGAGUGGGACAAACUGGCGCAGUGGGCCGUCUCUCACUCCGUCUACUCCGACAACGUCCGCUGGCUCGUCCAGAUCCCACGACUCUUUGAUGUUUACUGCAGUAAGAAGCAGCUGAGUAACUUCCAGCAGAUGCUGGAGAACAUCUUCCUGCCUCUGUUUGAGGUCACCAUCAAUCCCAGCAGCCACCCUCAACUACACCUCUUACUACAACACGUGGUGGGCUUCGACAGCGUUGACGACGAGUCCAAGCCGGAGCAUCACAUCUUUAAUCUGGACAGUCCGUCUCCGGCGCGCUGGUGUGACGACGACAACCCGCCGUACUCCUACUACCUGUACUACAUGUACGCCAACAUGACCGUCCUCAACCACCUGCGCAGGAGGCGGGGCUUCCACACCUUCGUGCUGCGACCUCACUGCGGGGAGGCGGGGCCUAUCCAUCACCUGGUGUCUGGAUUCAUGCUGUCGGAAAACAUCUCCCACGGACUGCUGCUCAGGAAGGCUCCGGUCCUGCAGUACCUGUACUAUCUGGCUCAGGUGGGCAUCGCUAUGUCUCCGCUCAGCAACAACAGUCUGUUUCUGAGUUAUCAUCGGAACCCUCUGCCUGAGUAUCUGUCCCGCGGCCUGAUGGUGUCGCUGUCCACCGACGACCCGCUGCAGUUCCACUUCACCAAGGAGCCUCUGAUGGAGGAGUACAGCAUCGCCGCUCAGGUCUGGAAGCUCAGCUCCUGUGACAUGUGUGAACUCGCCAGAAACAGCGUGCUAAUGAGCGGCUUCUCACACAGGGCUAAGAGCCAUUGGCUGGGUCCUGAUUACACCAAAGAGGGUCCCGUCAGUAACGACAUCCGGCGCACAAACGUCCCGGACAUCCGCGUGGCGUAUCGAUACGAGACUAUGUGUGAAGAGCUGCACCUGAUCACGCAAGCCGUCCGAACGCAGGAGCUGGACAGCAUCGAGGAGGAAGACGUGCUGUCGUUCACAUCCAGCCAAUCAACACGCUAGAGACGAGCCUGACCUGUCCAAUCAGGGAGACGAAACCUGGACCCGCCCACACUCUGCUUGUCCGGUCUGGAAGCUAUAGAUGAGCCCUGACCCCGCCUGUCCAAUCAUCACGCUAGAGAUUAGCCCUGGCCCCGCCCACACUAACUUAUCUAAUCAGGACAGUAGAGGCGAAGCCUGAGCCCGCCCGCACCCCGCCUGUCCAAUCAGCACGCUAGAGACGGACCAAAGCCACAUUCCCUCCAUUCCUCUCAUUUCACCGCAUGCUUCGAGACGUUUCAGCUAUGCAUCGCUAUUAUUAUGACGUUAUACCUCCGUCGUGACGUCACGCUCCCGCACGUGCCUUUUACUUUAGAGACUUUUAUUUUGAAGAUUUCAUUUGAGGCGUCUGUGAUCAUAACUCCGACCUUAAUAAUAAUACACAUAUAAUAAAAAAAUACAAUAUUAAUAUGGAAAAAACAAGUAUGUUAUAUAAAUACUAUUAGCAGUAAUAUGUUACUAAAAAACUAUUAUUUAUUUAUAUGAAUAUAUUUUAAUUGAAACAUAUAAACGGCACUAAAUGUAUGACUAUUAUAUGGUAAUGUUAAAAAUAAAUAUAACUGUAUCAACAUUUAUAUAUUAAUAUGUAUAAUAGUUCAUAUGUAUAAUAAAACAAAUGACAUAUUAGUAUAAUUAAUAUACUUAUAUUUCUUGUUAAAACCAAAAUUAAAUUUUACGAAUACUAUAUACAUUAUUAAUGCACUAUUAUUAUUAUUAGCCCCCGUAUGCCUUUUACUUUCGCUAUUUUGAUGUUGAAGGUUGAAUUUUGUAAUCAUAACGCACUGUGAAUGUGUACUUCAGUCUUCUGUUCGUUUAUCAUGUCAUUUUCUGGCCAUUUUGUAGUUUUUUCGUUCUCCGUUCAGAAGUAAAAGUCCUCCAGUCCUGCAGGAGGCGCUGUGGAGCCAGAAUCUCAUCAAACCUCCCUUUCUCUGAUGUUUACAAGUUAGUUUACAAAAGCAACUAAUAUUUUACGCUUAAAAUAUACGUUCGUUUUGAGUUUGUCGCGUUUUCCGUUUUUCAGUUUGAGUUGAACGUUAAACUGACUGUUAAUCGCCACAGUAUUGACUGAACUAAUAAAUGACUCGAACAUAAAGCAUGAUUUAUAGAAAUUAGCACAUAAAACCAGAGCAAGGCAUGACGCACAACGCGCUAGAAAGCAAACGAUCAUAGAAAUUCGAAAUAUAUCUAUUUUUUGUGAGAAUGAGUGUUUUGUUGGUUUUAAUAAAGCAUGCUUGUUUAAUCUCA